UCUCUACUUAUUCUUCCGUCGCGCCCUACGGUCCCCUGUCGCCAUGGCUUCUCCUUCCUUCCUCCUCUCCCUCUUCGUCGUCGGCCUUUGUCUCUCCGCCGUCGCUGGGGAGAUCGCCGGAGACGGCGAUGAUCUCGUCAUCCGUCAGGUGACGGACGAGCACAUCCUCAACGCCGAGCUCCACUUCUCGGCCUUCGUUCGCCACUAUGGCAAGACCUAUUCCAGCCCGGAGGAGCACGCCUACAGGCUCUCCGUCUUCAAGUCGAACCUCCACCGGGCACGCAGACAUCAGAUGCUCGAUCCUACUGCCGUACACGGCGUGACUCCGUUCUCCGACCUAACAGAGGAGGAGUUUCAGCAAAAGUACCUAGGUCUCCGGUCGCCGAGACCCUUUGGGGGCGUCGGCGGAGCGGUCAAGGCCCCGAUUCUUCCGACGAAUGAUCUCCCCGAGAAUUUCGAUUGGAGGGACCAUGGCGCCGUUACACCGGUCAAGAACCAGGGUUCUUGCGGGUCCUGCUGGACCUUUAGUGCGACCGGAGCAUUGGAAGGAGCUAAUUUUCUAGCGACCGGAAAGCUCGUUAGCCUCAGCGAGCAGCAGCUUGUCGACUGUGAUCACGAGUGUGAUCCAUCGGAAGCAUCAUCUUGUGAUGCUGGGUGCAAUGGUGGACUUAUGACUAAUGCCUUCCAGUAUGCAAUUAAAGCUGGUGGGCUUGAGAGAGAGGAGGACUACCCAUACACUGGAACCGAUCAUGGCACUUGCAAAUUUGACAAGAAUAAGAUUGCUGCGUCAGUCUCCAACUUUAGCGUUGUUUCCGUUGACGAAGAUCAAAUUGCUGCAAAUCUUGUAAAGAAUGGCCCAUUAGCUAUUGGGAUCAAUGCUGUUUUCAUGCAGACCUAUGUUGGAGGAGUUUCAUGCCCCUACAUCUGCAGCAGACGAUUGGACCAUGGGGUGCUUCUUGUAGGAUAUGGAUCUGAAGGCUACGCUCCUAUCCGGCUUAAACCGAAGCCUUUCUGGAUCAUUAAGAACUCAUGGGGAGAAGGAUGGGGAGAGAAAGGAUACUACAAGAUCUGCAGGGGUCGCAAUGUUUGUGGCGUGGACUCUAUGGUUUCUACGGUUGCUGCCAUUCAGGCCAAUUAGAAUUAUUACGGAUUGUUAUUCCGUUAAAAACCCAACUGCUUUAUCUGCUUGGUGUAAAUAACAUGUGUAACUCCGUAUCUCUAUUUUCAUCCAAGAACACCAUUUGUUUGCUAGAUGAAGGGAGUCCCCUCGUGGAUGGUCUACUUGUUCUGAGACUUAAAAGACUUUGAACAGUUUAGUUAUUUUCUUGGAAAGGUAUCAGGAAAUGUAACCAAAUCUUGGUUGCAGUUCAGUGGAAUUUAAAGAUCGUCUGUUCUGCUA